AUGGAUCAGGCCUCAGAAAAGCCCGUGUUAUUCUUUGACAUUGACAACUGUCUAUACUCACGCAAUGACAAAGUCCUUGAGCACAUGUCCCGCAACAUCGACGAUUAUUUCAAGAAACAUCUCGGCCUCUCCCCAGACGACGCAGAGCGCCUUCACAAGGAUUACUCUCAGCAAUACGGCCAGGCGAUUGAAGGGCUUGUACGCCACCACCAAAUUGACGCGUUAGAAUACAACGCCAAGGUCGAUGACGCGGUCCCAUUGGACGACCUCAUCAAGCCUAACGCACAAUUACGACAAUUCCUCGAGGAUAUCGAUACUUCAAAGAUGACUCUCAUAAGAAUUGUGUUGGGGCAAAGGAAGCAGGCUGGACUGCUAUUCACUUUGUGGAGGAUGGACUUCCUGUACCUGAUACACCAGCGUCUCAGCAUCAAAUUCGCCAUCUUGGAGAAUUGCGGUCAUUGUAUCCCGAGUUCUUUCGAGUUAGAAAUUGGAUGGGGUUACUUCCACAAUUUGAGUUUCAUUUCAACUAACGAGGAACAGGAAUAG